GUCGUUCCUAAGUUGACGUGUUACUUGUGAAACCUUGAAAAUGAACUCCCAGCAAGCUCUGUUUGUUGUCUCGUUCCUUUCGACGCUCUCUAUCCUUGUAUUUAGCUUUCAUUGGCUGCGAGAAAGGCUCAGAGAAGCUGGUUACGACGUCUCUCGUCUUAUACUUAUUGGAUUAGAACCAAAACUCGAUACUACCCAGUUCUCUGACGAUACCAGCAGGACUCAAAUGGCGUUCGGAAUCGACAGUUCGUACACACAAGUGAUCGCUUUGGCACUGGCCGUGGCCAGCAGCGCGUUCAUCUUUGUUAAAUUCGGGUCUUCGUCCAAACGGAAGCCGGUACUGAACCCCCAAGUUUGGCAAGAGUUCUCACUCAAGGAAAAGAUCGUGAUAUCGCCCAAUACCGCCAUCUACCGAUUUGCCCUGCCUCACCCGCAGGAUGUCCUUGGCCUGCCCAUUGGACAGCAUAUUUCGGUUUCGGCAGAGAUUAACGGAAAGGAUGUCAUGCGUAGCUAUACCCCGACCAGCAGCGACGACAACCUCGGCCACUUCGACCUUCUGAUCAAGGCAUAUGAAAAGGGCAACAUUUCGCGCUACGUCUCUCUUCUUAAGAUUGGCGACAAGGUCCGCAUUCGUGGCCCGAAGGGCGCCUUUAAGUAUACCCCCACGCUUUCUCGCGAGAUCGGUAUGAUUGCGGGUGGUACCGGUAUUACCCCCAUGCUACAGAUCAUCCGUGCUGCCUUGAAGAACCCCGAAGACACGACGAAGCUCAGCCUCAUCUACGCCAACGUUAACUUUGAGGACAUUCUUCUGAAGAAGGAACUUGAUGCUCUCGCUGCGGCCCAUUCCAACCGUUUCCAGGUUUACUAUGUACUCAACAAUCCUCCGCAAGGCUGGACUGGUGGCACGGGUUUUGUAUCCAAGGACCAGAUCGAAAAACACAUGCCUUCGUCAAAUCAUGAUAUCAAGGUUCUCAUGUGCGGUCCACCACCGAUGAUAGCUGCUAUGAAAAAACAUCUUGCGGAGCUCAAUUACGAUGCUCCUCGCACAAUCAGCAAACUGGAGGACCAGAUUUUUGCUUUUUAGAUAAAAUUGAGUUUGCCUUGAGUGAAUUUGGCAAUGUAAUCAGAUUCAUAGAGUUGGGCUUUGGUUUGAUACCUACCGGGACGUGAAUUGAAGCGCGGUUUAGGAGCAAACACCUCGUCGAGCUGCAAGUGUAGUGGCGGAAGGCACAGACCGUCGAUCAUUGAUUCAAUGCCUAAACCACACGACAUCAUGCUUUUUUUAUGCCUAUAUGAGCUCAGGUAGCUAUAGGCGAAGUAUCUUGCAGUAAAAAGUUGGGUUCAAGUUGGUUG